AUGAAAGGUUUAAUUUUAGUCGGUGGUUAUGGUACAAGAUUGCGUCCUUUAACUUUAACUGUUCCAAAACCUUUGGUUGAAUUUGGUAAUAGACCAAUGAUUUUACAUCAAAUUGAAGCUUUAGCUGCAGCUGGUGUUACAGAUAUUGUUUUAGCUGUUAAUUAUAGACCAGAAGUUAUGGUUUCAACUUUACAAAAGUAUGAAAAAGAAUAUGGUGUUAAAAUUGAAUUUUCAGUUGAAAAAGAACCAUUGGGUACUGCUGGUCCAUUAAAAUUGGCGGAAAAAAUUUUGAAAAAAGAUGAUUCACCAUUUUUUGUUUUAAAUUCAGAUGUUAUUUGUGAGUAUCCAUUUAAAGAAUUGGCUGAAUUUCAUAAAAAACAUGGUGGUGCUGGUACUAUAGUUGCAACUAAAGUUGAUGAACCAAGUAAAUAUGGUGUUAUUGUUCAUGAUAGAGAUACUCCAAAUUUAAUAGAUAGAUUUGUUGAAAAACCAGUUGAAUUUGUUGGUAAUAGAAUUAAUGCUGGUUUAUAUAUAUUAAAUCCUGAAGUUAUUGAUUUAAUUGAAAUGAAACCAACUUCGAUUGAAAAAGAAACUUUCCCAAUUUUGGUCGAAAGAAAACAAUUAUAUUCAUUUGAUUUAGAAGGUUUUUGGAUGGAUGUUGGUCAACCAAAAGAUUUCUUAUCAGGUACUUGUUUAUAUUUAACUUCAUUAACUAAAAAACAUCCUGAAAGAUUAUGUAAAGAAAAAUAUGUUCAUGGUGGUAAUGUAUUAAUUGAUCCAACUGCUAAAAUUCAUCCUUCUGCUUUAAUUGGUCCAAAUGUUACAAUCGGUCCAAAUGUUGUUGUUGGUGAAGGUGCAAGAAUUCAAAGAUCUGUAUUAUUGGCAAAUUCAGAAGUUAAAGAUCAUGCUUGGGUUAAAUCUACAAUUGUUGGUUGGAAUUCAAGAAUUGGUAAAUGGGCAAGAACGGAAGGUGUUACUGUUUUAGGUGAUGAUGUUGAAGUUAAAAAUGAAAUUUAUGUUAAUGGAGCAAAAGUUUUACCUCAUAAAUCAAUUUCAGCAAAUGUUGAACAAGAAGCUAUUAUUAUGUAG